UUUGCUGUCCCAGCCCUACUCUACUGCAGUAAUAAUAAUUUGGCCGUACAUUUACAAAACUACAUGGAUCCUGCUACUUAUCAGGUACUGAGCAAUCUGAAAAUUGUUACAACGGCCGUACUCUAUAGGAUCAUUAUCAAGAGGACGAUGUCGAAUGUACAGUGGCUUGCUAUAAUUUUACUUUUCAUAGCUGGAUCAGACCACACUCCUGACUCAACCUCCUCUUCCUCAUCAUCCGUCUUGCACAUCACUACGACUGGGGUCUUUGGAAUACUAAUCUACUGUUCGGUUUCCGGCUUUUCCGGAGUUUACUGCGAGUACAUACUCAAGGAUAAAUUUGAGGUCUCCAUCCAUCUUCAAAACACAGUGCUGUACUCCUUUGGCGUUAUCUUGAAUUUCUUUACAUUCGUCUACUAUUCUCUUAGUGACGAUUUCAACUUGGUCAGAGGUUUCAAUAUCUACGUUUGGUUGAUCAUCAUUACACAGACUUUCAUAGGCUUAAUCAUCUCAAUGGUGAUGAAGCACAGUAGCAACAUCACCAGGCUCUUCAUCAUAUCAUCAGCUGCGGUCGUCACUGCGAUAUUGUCCGUGAUCGUAUUCCACAUGCAUCUGAACGCUUACUUUUGCAUCUCCUUUGUCGUUUUUAUCGUCAGUUUAGCGCUAUAU